AUGCAAAUACUAAAGGCUAGAUACGCCCUAAGGGCGUCGGCUACUCAGCUGCAAGCGUGGUCUAUCAGAAGCCGCACUGCAACAACUGAAAGAAAACAUGUUGAAUACAAACCGAUAAGAAGUGUACUGGUCGCGAAUCGAGGCGAAAUCGCUAUCCGAGUGUUCCGAGCAUGCACCGAGCUGGGCAUCCGAUCCGUCGCAAUUUACAGCGAGCAGGAUCGUCUACAGAUGCACAGACAAAAAGCCGACGAGUCAUACUUAGUCGGCAAGGGCUUACCGCCUGUGGAAGCGUACCUUAGCAUCCCGGAAAUCAUCCGAGUAGCAAAAGAAAAUGACGUGGACGCAAUUCAUCCUGGUUACGGACUGCUGUCUGAAAGGUCAGAUUUCGCUCACGCCACCAUCGAUGCCGGACUUCGUUUCAUCGGACCUUCGCCCCAUGUGGUACAACAGAUGGGUGACAAAGUCGCCGCCAGGAAAGCCGCCAUCGAAGCAAAGGUUCCAAUUGUUCCCGGCACCGACGGCCCUGUGACUUCAAAAGAAGAUGCCCUUCAAUUCUGCCAACAACAUGGUCUUCCAGUUAUAUUUAAGGCAGCGUAUGGUGGUGGUGGGCGUGGGAUGCGCGUCGUGCGCGAGAUGAGCGAGGUGGCGUCCGCCUUCGAGCGCGCCUCCUCAGAAGCACUGGGAGCCUUCGGCAACGGCUCCAUGUUCAUCGAACGCUUCAUCGAGAGGCCGCGACACAUUGAGGUGCAGCUGUUGGGUGACAAAGCUGGCAAUGUAGUGCACCUUUAUGAAAGAGACUGUUCUGUGCAGAGACGUCAUCAGAAGGUUGUUGAAAUUGCUCCAGCUCCAAGAUUAGAUCCAGAGGUUCGUCAGAAGAUGGUGGACUGUGCGGUGCAUUUAGCUAGACACGUUGGUUACGAGAACGCUGGUACCGUUGAGUUCCUUCUAGACGACAAAGGCAAUUUCUAUUUCAUCGAAGUAAACGCGAGAUUACAGGUAGAGCACACAAUAACAGAGGAAGUAACUGGCAUAGAUCUCGUCCAAUCACAAAUUCGCAUCGCGGAAGGUCUUACUCUACCAGAGAUGGGCCUCACUCAGGACAAAAUCAAGACGCAGGGUUACGCUAUACAAUGCCGAGUUACCACCGAGGACCCAGCCAACAACUUCCAGCCCAGUACCGGAAGGAUUGAAGUGUUCAGAUCAGGCGAAGGCAUGGGCAUUCGUCUCGAUUCUGCUUCCACAUACGCUGGUGCGAUUAUCUCUCCUUAUUACGAUUCGUUGCUUGUUAAGGUGAUUUCUCACGCUCAUGACCUCCCAUCGUCUGCAGCUAAGAUGAAUCGAGCACUCCGAGAGUUUCGUAUUAGAGGCGUCAAGACGAACAUUCCCUUCCUGCUUAACGUAUUGGAAAAUCCAAAGUUCCUGAAUGGUGCAGUGGACACGUACUUCAUCGACGAAAACCCCCAACUGUUCAUGUUCAAGCCUUCGCAGAACAGAGCUCAGAAGAUCUUAAACUACCUCGGCUACGUGCUCGUCAACGGACCGGCGACGCCGUUAGCCACUAACAUACCGCCAUCCGACGUCAAGCCGUACAUACCGCCGGUACCACUCGACCUUUCACCCGAGGCAUUAAAAAGACAGGAAUUGACUGGCGAGAACACAGCUGUGCAGCCACCCAAGGGGUUCAAGCAGAUCCUGGACGAGGGCGGGCCCGAGGCGUUCGCCCGCGCAGUGCGGCAGCACUCGGGGCUGCUGCUGAUGGACACGACGUUUCGCGAUGCGCACCAGUCGCUGCUGGCCACGCGCGUGCGCACGCACGACCUGCUGGCGGCCGCGCCGUACGUAGCGCACCACUUCAGCGGCCUGUACGCGCUCGAGAACUGGGGCGGCGCCACAUUUGACGUCGCGCUACGGUUUCUACACGAAUGUCCUUGGGAGAGACUGGAAGACAUGAGACGGUUGAUCCCCAACAUUCCGUUCCAGAUGCUUCUGCGGGGAGCCAACGCUGUCGGGUAUACCAACUAUCCUGACAACGUCGUUUACAAGUUCUGCGAUAUGGCCGUGAAAGCUGGUAUGGAUAUUUUCCGAGUUUUCGAUUCCCUCAAUUACCUUCCUAACUUGAUCCUCGGUAUGGAUGCCGCUGGUAAAGCCGGUGGUGUCGUCGAAGCUGCUAUUUCUUACACAGGAGAUGUCUCCGAUCCUACUAAGACGAAAUACGACCUGAAAUAUUAUUUGAACUUGGCAGAUGAAUUAGUUAAAGCUGGAACACACGUAUUGGCAAUUAAGGAUAUGGCUGGUUUGUUGAAACCACGUGCUGCUAAACUGCUGAUCACGGCGAUCCGGGACAAGCACCCGUCGGUGCCGAUCCACGUGCACACGCACGACACGUCGGGCGCGGGCGUGGCGUCGAUGUUGGCGUGCGCGCACGCCGGGGCCGACGUUGUGGACGUGGCCGUGGACGCCAUGUCCGGACUCACCAGCCAGCCCAGCAUGGGCGCCGUCGUCGCCUCGCUGCAGGGCGACCCCCUACACACCGGUACGUACGUGCACGUGGCCGUGGACGCCAUGUCCGACCUCUCCAGCUAG